GUCGCCUACAGUCCUACACUAGUGAAUGAAGCAGUGCCAGUGACGGUGGUCGCCGGAGUAGGAUGAGCGCCGAAGAUUUACCAAAGAACGAGGCGCAGGUGUUGAAGGGGCACGAAGGUGCAGUUUUAACGGCAAGGUUCAACAAAGAUGGAAAUUAUUGUCUCACCGGAGGCAAAGAUCGGACUAUUCGCCUAUGGAAUCCUCACCGGGGUAUUCAUAUUAAGACCUACAAAGCUCAUGCUCGUGAAGUUCGAGACGUCCACGUUACACCGGAUAAUUCAAAAAUCUGUUCAUGUGGGGGUGAUCGUCAAGUCUUCUAUUGGGAUGUAUCAACUGGGCGUGUGAUCAGAAAGUUUCGAGGUCACGACAGUGAGGUGAAUGCUGUAAAGUUCAAUGAAUAUUCAUCUGUUGUUGUAUCAGCAGGGUAUGAUCGUUCCUUGCGUGCCUGGGACUGUAGAUCUCACAGCACUGAGCCAAUUCAGAUCGUUGACACCUUUCUAGACAGCGUGAUGUCUGUUUGUUUAACAAAAACUGAAAUCAUUGCUGGAAGUGUUGAUGGAACUGUACGCACAUUUGACAUCCGGAUUGGUAGGGAAUUGUCUGAUGAUUUGGGGCAACCUGUAAACUGUAUCUCUCUAUCAAAUGAUGGUAACUGUGUAUUAGCCAGUUGUCUGGAUUCUACUCUUCGCCUUUUGGACAGAACUAGUGGUGAAUUACUACAAGAAUAUAAAGGCCAUACAUGCAAGUCAUUCAAAAUGGAUUGCUGUCUUACCAACAGUGAUGCUCAUGUGGUUGGUGGAUCUGAAGAUGGGCGUCUCUUUUUCUGGGAUCUGGUGGAUGCAUCUGUGGUUUCAAGUUUUCGUGCUCACUCCUCGGUGGUAACAAGCGUUAGUUAUCACCCAAAAGAUAACUGUGUGAUGACUGCAUCUGUGGAUGGAUCAGUACGAGUUUGGAAAGCUUGAGGAUAUCAUUCAUAUUCCUGCCAUGUCCUUUCACGUAUCAUGCUUUUAGUUUUAGAAACCAGAAAAGAAAUUUUAGCUACAUUACUGGCAAUGAUUAUGUAAUGAUAUAUAUACUCAUGCACAAAUGGAUCCAUUCGUUACUGUAAUUCUAGUAGAAUCAGAAAAGAAAUUUUGAG